CCGAAAGCGCUCAGUCAGUCGGUCUUCCGGGUUUUCCAGCAGAGCGACGAGGCGUUCAGCCGUCAUGGCAUUUUGAACUCAGGUGUUUCGGACCAGAGGCCACAGACAGGACCCGGCGACGGAGUGACAAAAAGUGGAAGUGAAAGUCAAGAGUUCCAGUCUUUCCCAAUGGCGUCCAGCAGCAGCAGCACGGUGGGUAAGACCACCCUUCGGGAGGACCUCACCUGCGCCAUCUGCUAUGACCUGUUCACUGAGCCAGUGAUGCUGGGCUGCAUGCACCACUUCUGUAAGCGCUGCAUCACUGCCUACUGGAAGAGCCUCAGGGGCCCAGCGCUGUGUCCUCAGUGCCGGCAGGAGUUCCCCAGCAAAAACUUCCAGACCAACUAUCUUGUGGCCGGCCUGGUCGAAAAAGUCAAAGCAAGUUCUUCGGCCGGUUAUCUGAAAAGUUUAGAGAAGAGGCUCAAAGACCGCUUGGACUCCCAGAAGCAGCGGAAAGAAGAAAUAAUCACCAUGAUCCGGGAGGAAGAGAAGCAGAUGGACACAAUAAAAAAAGUAGGAGCUGAGCUCCAGGACCGCGUGCGUAGCGACUUCCAGGCCCUGCACCACUUCCUGCAGGUAGAGGAGGCGGCUGUGCUGGAGCAACUCCGGAGGGAUCAGGAGGUGCUGGAGCAGGGCCUGGAGCGCCACCUGGAGUCCCUGCAUGCAGCUGUCCGGGAGCUGGAGCAGAACGUGAACUCGAUCCAGCAGGCUGCCAGCUCUGUGAGCUGCAGUGCACUGUUGGAGCUGCCAGAAUUCAAUUCCAGACCACAGUUACAAGUCACCAAAAGACUGGAUAUUGAUGGAUUUCGCAGUAAAUAUAUAGUUCCUCUUCAGUACACCGUGUGGAGAAAGAUGUUUAAGAGUUUAAGACCAGGCCCACUACCUUUGACCUUCGAUGAGGACACAGUCCAUCCAAGUCUUCAGCUCUCUCGAGACCGAACCCAAGUGGUUGAGAAUGAAGCCAUGCUCACUUACAGAUGCAACCCAAAGCGUUUUGUCCAGUGUGUUAACGUACUUGCGACCCAAGGCUUCCAAACAGGCAGGCAUUACUGGGAGGUGGGUGUUGGCACCAAGCCCAAAUGGGACUUGGGUGUCGCCCUAGAAACGGUUGAUCGGCAGGCCCGUGUCAAGCUGUGCCCUGAGAACGGUUACUGGACCCUCCGCCUGCGUAACGGCUGCAAUUACUCAGCAGGGACCCAGCCCUGGACCCCGCUGCCCAUAACCUCCCAGCCACAGAGAAUCGGGAUUUUUAUAGACUUUGAGGUGCAUAUGGUUUCCUUCUACAAUGCAAAUGACAUGCGCCUGCUCUGCUCUUUCUCCAACGGGCCGAAAGAAAAGGCUUUCCCAUUCUUCAGUACUUGCCUUAGCGAGCCUGGCCAGCAACCCCAGCCUAUACGCCUCCUCCAUUUUCCCAACUAUUCUCUCUAAAAAGGCCUGCAAGCUGAUGAGCUGCAGUAUUUCAGGAAGGCUACGUUCACACUAUAAGCCUUAUUUGCUCAGAUCUGAAAAAUAAAUCAUCAAUCAUCGUCAGCUUAAUUAUGCUGCACAUUUCCACUCAAUCAUAUAGUGCCAAGUAGGGCUGGGCGAUAAAACGAUAACGAUAAUUAUCGCGAUAUAACUUUUCUCAAUAGAACAAUAGAUAGAAGAAAUGUUUGAUCAAUUUUCAGUAUAGUGCACCAUUCUCACACUUCCAUGUUCUAGCGAAAGCCCUGGUGGUGUUUUCUACUUCAAGGAAAGCGACACUACCCUGCUGUCGCUGCGAGAGGGCGCACUUUCAAUUUUUUCGACAUGAUUAAAGAGAGAGGGGGCAAUGAGCAAAAUGAGUCGCCAAAUAUACUUUAGCAACAUCUGAAACGUGGAGUUAUAUAUUCCCUGUUUGAGUGGAGCGAUUGGCGAUCUGUUCUCCUGUGACCGAGUGUGAGUGACGAGGUCAGUGGCAUAACUAUACUGUCCUACAGCGAACUCACUUCUUUCAGCGCUCAGUCAUAUUUUAGUAUUAGUGCGUUCCCAAGCAAGGAAAGUGAAAGAAAGAAGUGGGUUCAUGUGAGUUUCAGCCCUGAUUCAAACGAAAGUAAACUGAGGAAGCUGUGAGGCAUUGGAGAGUGUGAGAGCGCUAUCUUCCCAGGCUAUCUGUUUUUAUCAGCUGGCUAACUUUAAGCAGCGCUCCGUCACUCCGUGUGGUAGGAGUGAUGGCAGUAAGGCGGUGUUAUCCGUCAUUGACGUACCAAGCCAGCUAAUGUUUGUUCUUCGUACUAAGCUGACGUUGUUGAGAAACUAAACAGUUUAGCACUGUUGUUGGACACUUGUUCAGCAUUUGUAACGGGAUAGCCGAGCGUUCGUUACCAGACAGCUAAAAAUAAUCUCACCAGACACUUUGACCGUAAAGGAUAGUUUAAAACAGCAGUUAACCACUCAGGAGCAAAAACCAGCCUUCAAACUUAAAAGAAAUAAUGAUUUGACAUUUAUCGCGAUAUGUAUCGAUAUCGCACGAUAUGAAUUUUGUUUAUCGUGAUAACAUUUUUAGCCAUAUCGACCAGCUCUAGUGUCAAGCAUAUCUCUGUUUUUGUCGUUUUUCAGUUUUUGACAUAAUUUGAAAAUGCCUGUUGCUCUUUACAUUGUGUGUAAAUUUCAUGACGAAUGGACCAAAAGAAAUCACCCUAAAUUACUUUAGUAAAGUUACCAUUUUGGAGAUACAAGUUUUUCUUCCAACAACAGCGAUAAACAGGCCUCAACAUAAAGCACGGUUGCAAUUAAUGCCUGCAUAUUUUUAGUUUUGUAAGUCAAACAGCCUUCUUGGUUAAUAUUAUUUAAUGUGCCUUGGCCGUUCACAUUUGUGUGUGAAAGUGAACCAUAGCUGUCAUAUCUGUAAACAUAUGGUCCUGAAACCAUCAGGUUAGCCUCUGCCGACUUGCUGGAAACAAUAGACCUCAGUAGUGUGCAGGGUCAAAGAUAGAAAUGGCUUAUAUUUGUUUUGAAACGCUCAAAAAAAUAGAUCUGUGUUGCAUUUAGGCAAAAAAUCAGAUUUGUGCCACUUCAACCAUGUAAUGUGAACAUAGCCCAAGUCUGUGCCUUCAGUCUAAGUAUGCGAAUUUGAUUUAUAUCACAUUACACAGUUAUUGCACUCCCUGUGCCUUGUAAGGACCUGUAGGCAGACAUAGAGAAGACAUCACACUCGGCUUUCUUCAUUUUAAAAAGCUUGUCAUAAUUUAGUAACAGUCCAAAUGGCUGUCGUUCGCAUGUUAUUACUGCUUAGUCAACAUUUUAUGUACACGGUCUACUCUGAAAACACACAUAUGAAAAAAGAUCAGUUAUUUACUCUCAUCCUGUUUUCCUACCAGAUGAGAGCAGAUGCCCAAAGACAAGAUUUUGCUCAGAUAAUUGACAUUGAUGAAGUGAAGUGUUAUUGCGAAGCGUUCCACAUUGCACAGCCAACAUGACCCUGAGCUAAAAUUUUGUCUCGGUGAAAACAACAACAAAAGUUUUUUUAUAUAUAUGAGAUUUUAUUCGCACCUGCUCUCGAGCAUGUUUCUCUUGGAAUCAAGCAAUGCUGAAAAGAAUCAGAAAUGCUGUAGGAGCUGUAAAUAAAUUGUACAUACAUGUUGAUUUCUAAAAGGCACUCCGCAAGACUAUAACUGAUCUGAAACAUCUAUGCUGGAUGACAUUCUGUAUUACCAUAGCAUUCCAUGUAAGUAGCAAAAAUCAAUAAUAAAUAUGAAUGUCAAAAUGCUCCA